CCUCUGGAUCUAAUAUCACCUACCUGUCCUUGUCACUCUGAUAGUCAACCGAUGUGUCUGUCGUUUGCCUCCGACGCCAGUAUGGCAGCAUUUGGCUUAUUUUAAAACAUUUUUACACCACUUUAUACUCAGAAGGGGUUCUACUCAAUUGCAAGAGGAAACGCGCUGCUGUACGUUUUUUUGGAGAGCUCUGAAUUCAUUCCGCCGACGGACGACUUUCCUCUUCUCCUCCUUCUAGCACUGAGGGGGACUUAAUCUGCCUUUGACAGCCAGUUGUGCGCUCUCUUACCGAUGAACUCUAUGAGGGAUCCAUUGAAUCUAGACCAUCAUCACCUACCCGGGAAUAAACUUGCCUCCACACACCACACGGCGCUGGCAAUGGCUUCUAGUUUACAGCCGCUGCAGCGGUCUGUGGAUUCAAAACACCGGUUAGAGGUGCAUACAGUCUCGGACACUUCCAGUCCGGAGUCUGUAGAGAAAGAGAAGGUUCAAAAUAAAAAUGACGACUCUUCAGAUGACCCCUCUAAAAAGAAGAGACAGCGGCGGCAGAGGACUCACUUCACCAGCCAGCAGCUGCAGGAACUGGAGGCCACUUUCCAGCGAAAUCGGUAUCCGGACAUGAGCACAAGGGAGGAGAUAGCUGUGUGGACCAACCUCACAGAGGCCCGGGUCAGGGUGUGGUUCAAGAACCGUCGAGCCAAGUGGAGGAAACGAGAAAGGAACCAACAAGCCGAGCUUUGCAAGAACGGCUUUGGCCCGCAGUUCAAUGGACUCAUGCAGCCCUACGACGACAUGUACCCCAGCUACACGUACAACAACUGGGCUGCCAAGGGGCUGACGUCGGCCUCCUUAUCCACCAAAAGCUUCCCCUUCUUCAACUCCAUGAACGUCAACCCUUUAUCCUCGCAGACCAUGUUCUCCCCGCCCAACUCCAUAUCCUCUAUGAGCAUGACUUCCAGCAUGGUGCCGUCGGCUGUCACCGGCGUGCCGGGCUCCAGUCUCAACAGCCUCAAUAACUUGAACAACCUCAGUAACCCCUCUCUCAACUCGGGGGUUCCCACGCCGGCCUGCCCUUAUGCGCCUCCGACCCCUCCAUAUGUGUACAGGGACACUUGUAACUCCAGCCUGGCCAGCCUGAGACUGAAAGCCAAGCAGCACUCGAGUUUUGGAUACGCCAGUGUGCAGAAUCCUGCGUCUAAUCUGAGCGCUUGCCAAUACGCCGUGGAUAGACCAGUCUAAUACCAACCUGCACUGCAAAAAAUAUCCAUCUGAGCAAGUCGUCAUGAGCUAGUAUUGAGCCUUAAUAAAAUGUUAUUUUUUUCUAAAGGAAGUGAGGAAAAUAUGCCAAAUGGGGUGAGAUAAUUCCGUUUUCCCAACGUGUUGCAGGAAUUUUGAUCAGUUCUUUUUUUUUCCUUUUUUUUAAAUAAUAAUUGGAGUGAUCUGCCUCAUUCUGCUUUGUUUCAAGAUAUUGCUACUUGUUCAUAGAAAAAUUCCUGAACAUGAAUCGAUGCAUCGGGAUAUAAAUAGGAUUCCCACACCUCGUUUGGCACAUUUUUUCACUUUGUUUACUAAAAAAUGGGAUUUUAAAGACUUAAUACGACGCUCAGUGGCUUGUUCAGAUGGACAUUUUUUGCAGUGUGUGACUGAACACAAACAGCCGGCCACAGGAACAAGAGACUACUACUACUACUUUUUCAUUUUCAAAAGGGCACUAGAAGACUGAACCACUGAAACAAGCUCAACUCCACGACGGAGUCAAACUGAAACGGGAGUUAUUAGUUUUAUUCCCCUUUAAUGAUUAUAGGCCUGGUUUUAUUCUGCACGCCAGUGAGCAGAGUAUAAGCGACAGGCCUAUUUCAUAUUUUAAAGCUUGUCAUGAGGGUUUUUUGGUGGAUCUCGGACGUUAAUUGCUGACUGAAAGGUUGUAUAUAUUUGAAUUAUCAUCUCCUGUUUGUUGAGGCGAAUGCGCUAUAGCCCUCCAGUCUUCUCAAGGUUCAAUUUACCAACGCAUGUGGGGAAAAAAACCCUAAAAGGAAUCAUGUUUUGCUUGCAAACAAAGGGAAUGUACAUACUAAAACGCACCAGUUGUGUGUUUCUAACAUAUUAUAAAUUUAUUAUUAAUGUCUGUGUGAAUAUCGAUUUAGAAUAGCAAUUCUGGAUUUAAAAAAAGAAGCAACAAAAUGUUCAUGCGAAAAAUUAUUUUGGUUUUGCUCUGUGUAUACUAUUUGGUACGGAAUUAUGUUUCUUUUCUUUUCUUUUUUUUCA